GCCGGCGCUGCGCUGGGGGUGCCGGCGGCAUGGCGGAGUCCCAGGUGCUCCUGCUGGACGAGCUGCACGUCAACGAGAAGGUGACUGAGGCCCAGGCCCGCUUCUACUACAGCGAGGAGCAGCGCCGAGCCCUGGAGGCGCUGGUGACCCGCGGCGAGGCCGCGUACCGGGAGGCGCUGAGGAAGGAGCAGCUCCGCGAUUUCCUCUCCGGCCGGGAGCUGCAGGACCUGCGGGGCGGCUGGCGGGGCUACGAUGACCCCCGGGAAUGCGGCAAGGUGGCGCGGGGGCCCGGCGGCGAGGCCCUUUCGCUGGCCUACUGGCCCGAGUGCUCGGACACCGAGGUGCCCCCGCUGGACUUGGGCUGGACCGACAAGACCUUCUACCGUGGCAUCAGCCGGGUGUCCCUCUUCACGCACCCGCGAAAGGAGGAGAGCGCGCCCCACCUGAAGGAGGUGGUGAGGGAGAUGAUCCAGCAGGCGCAGAAGAUUAUUGCAGUGGUCAUGGAUGUAUUUACGGACCGGGACAUCUUCCGCGAUAUUGUUGACGCAGCAUAUAAGCGCUGGAUCCCAGUCUAUAUAAUCCUAGAUGAGGAAGGUGUGAAGCUCUUCCUGGAAAUGUGCAGAUGCCUUGACCUCAGUGACUUGCAGAUCCGGAAUAUCCGCAUACGCUCUGUGACAGGAGUUGGGUUCUACAUGCCAUCAGGGAAGAUCAAAGGCACAUUGGCAUCCCGAUUCCUGAUGGUGGACGGUGAAAAGGUGGCCACUGGAUCAUACAGCUUCACAUGGACUUCAUCCCACAUUGACAGAAACAUCCUGCUAGUCUUGACAGGACAGCACGUGGAAAUGUUUGACAUUGAGUUUCGUGAGCUCUAUGCCAUCUCAGAGGAAGUUAAUUUAUACAAGGAACUGGGUAUUGCUAACCCAUUCCCCCUUGGAAUUGGGAAGCCAGGCUUUCAUUCCUCCACCGUGUCUCGGAAGUUCAUUAACCCAAAGUAUGGUUUAGUAGCAGGGGCAACCCGUGGUGAUAUGAUGCUCUGGGCUUCAUGGCACAAGCAAGACAAUCGGGGAAACAUGGAAAAGGAGGAAACAAGUGAGUCAAAGAAACGGUUAAAUCAGUUCCUGAACGACUUGGUCACAUUGGAGCAAGUGUUCCCAGAAAUAGAUCCACCUCUGGAGAACUUGAACAAGCUGAAUCGGAGCCCCCAGAAACUGUUCUCCCGGCUCCACAUGGAUCUGAAAAAUAAAUCCAAAUCCAGAGAAUCUAUUCGUGACAUAAAGAAAGAAGAUGCACAGACCAAUGCAAAGCAAGGGAAACGGUUUGCCAGUGGGCUUUUCAGUCGCAAGGCCAAGCGGUCUCCAGGCUCAAGCAUUGAGGCCAAUUCUUUUGCAAGUGAAGGACAUUCAGGAGAAGACCUUGGGAACAUGAAAAUCGAAUAUGAGAGGAUCAGCAUUGGCCGUGCUAGUGUUCGGAGCACUGGAGGCAACUCAGGUAACCUGAAUCCAAACUUCACUAUGAACGAUAAAAACAAACAGUCUACCUGUGUGUUAUCAUGAUUGGGAAGGAUUGUCUGGAGAACUAAAGACUGAAUUACAAACUGGAACAGUAACUUCUUGAUUGAUUUUGAACCCACAGCCCUAUUCUCAUGCGGUGAUCUGUAAACCCACUGUGGAAUGGGUCCUGGAUGCAUCUGGCACCCCCAGCUAAAGCACAUUUACUGGGUGAUGAGCAGACUUUGGAUAGUCAGUCCCUUAAAUGAGGGUUAGUGAUGAAUGUAUUAGUUCCUAUGUCUAUGUGCACACAUAUUUUGUAUAUAAAAACAACUGUGAUGACUGGUCUCAGAGCUCUCUCUGUGCCCAGAGAAAUGCAGAUUUUCUGACUUAUUUGUGCUGCUACUUCAGUCUGUCUAGCUACAGACUUGGAAUCACUGUGUUCAUUGUUUAUUCUACUGGACUGCAAAAAUGUAUUGAUCUGACAGGCUGUAAGGGUGAAUCCAAUUGAAGUGGCAAAUUCUGGGUGAAAUAAGGAUGUUUACAGACAGUGGAGCAAUCCUUUGUCCAUAAGGAGUCUUCCUGUAGAUCCCUGUUGUCACUUGCCUACACAGAAAUGAGUGGUCUGGGAGAAGGCUAACAGUGGCCAACAGAGCAGUAUCGGAACUGUUUCAUGUCAAAAAUGUAAGCAGUUGAACAAAGUGAUUUACCAAGAAUUUGGUAAAGAGAAAAAAUGGAAUAUAGGGCAAUGUUUAACGUACACUUGAGACUGGAAAAAUGCCUGAUAAAAGGUCUGGGCAGGAUUUGGGAGCAAUAAUACAGACUUCAGUGGCUGUUACGAAAUCCUCAUUGUUGCUAAUUCAGCAAUACUUUUACCAUUCAUGGAAACUGAAUGAUUAAGGAGCACAUCUUUGAGGGUUGAAAGAGGAAGCAGAGGAGGCAUGCAAGCUUUUUAAAUGUCCUUUUUAAUUUUUUUUUUCCUUAAGUUAACCUUUCCAAAAUCUAAAUCAUGCUAAAAUUGAGAGCUUUGAUCCAUAAGAAGCAUUGCGUGCAAUCAGACCAAAGGCCAUCCGAUCUGCUGUUCUGCCUCUGAGAAUAGCCUGUAAGAGGUGAUUACAGAAGCAUAAAAUACAAGGCUUCUAUAUACAGAGGUGUUUCUCUGACACCAUUCCAGCAGUCUGUGGACUUUCUCAUCUUUCUGGCAGUUCCUUCUGGAACUUAAUUAAUGCACUUAGUCCCUUUCGAAAAAUCCUUUUUUACUUUUGGCCUUGAAAAAGUUCUAUGGUAAUAAAUGCCUAAAUUCAUUGCAUGGUACAAAAAAGAACUGUUGUCAGGCUGUUUUACUCUA